AUGGUUAUGACGUCAAAAUUUACGGAUGCCGUACAAUGCGGUAUCGUGUGCGUCGUGGUCGCGGCAAUCGUAAACGCGGCUCCGUCGUCGAAAUUGCGUAAGUAUAACGUGUACGUAUCUAAUAUUUUAUAUAGUUUUUGCAGCAUAAAAAAAAAAAAUACGUUCAUACAGGAAUCAUACAUAUGCUUUCAUUAAUUUAACUAUUUUUUAGAGGAAUGCAAUUAUUUUCGGCGAAUUCGUUUAUUUUAUGUUAAAACGUGAACGCAAAUCAUCGGUUUCAAAUAAAUAUAUCUCAAGUCCUAUUUAAAAAAAAAAAACCUAUAUCCGAAUCACUGUAAUGUGAAGGAGGUUAGACGAAAUAAUAAAAAUAAUAAUCAUAUUAAUGGUCAGAUAUUUUCGUGCCAUCGUACGAAGUAAACUUUUUUAAAUUUUCUUACUUCAAAAGCUCCGGGUUUUCAAAAAUAUCUUCUUCGUUUUGUUUUCAUUUAAGAAAAAAAAAUAGUUUAAAUAUUUUAGUAGGUUUUAUUAAAACCUACUAUAACAAUUAAUAAUCCUUAUCGGGAAGAAUGGAGAGUUGCAACAAACCAGCCCCACGGCUGCUAACUAAAAAAAAAAUAUUCAUAUAUAAUUACAACUAACGUUUACAUUAUAUUUUAAAUUUGAACGCAUGUUAAUUUUAUUAAUAUAUUACGCUUCAUGAAAUUAAUUUUUUUUAGUAAAUUAAGUUUUAUAUAUUAUAAAGAAAGUACUAUUAAAACGCGCGUACAAAGAAUAUUGAAACGUUAAAUUAAAAUUGUUUUCGAAUAUUCGAAAUACUCCGUUAAGUGCUCAUCUAGUAUAAUAUUUUACCUGACAACAUAAUUCAAUUUAAAAUUUGCAAUUUAUUAUUUUUUCCCAUUCUUAAUAUUUAACAUCAUCCCGUGACCUAUAUUACAAAGCUCGCGAACAAGCUUUUGUUAACAAUUAGUUUAAUAUUUUGUUUUACAGUUUUUUAGUGCAUAUAUUGUAUAUAAUAUUACACAAACGGCCCUUGACAGAGUACAAUUUACCGCGGUACAUCAAAAUGGAACAUUUGUAUCUAGCUAUCUACUAUAAAAAUUAAUAACUCUUCAUGCCUAAAUAAUAAAAUAUCGCCGACUUUAAUAGUGGAUUUCUGUAGGUACAACAUUAAAAUGGUCAGAAAAUACAUAAUUUUUUGAAUAGUAAAAGCUAUGAGAUUUUUUUUUUUUUUUCGAAAAGAAGGAGUAAUACUAUUUUUAUUCUUAUUAAUUUUUUUGUGAAACAUCGUAUCGAUUCCCUAAUAAAUAACCAGUAAUAAGCAUACAUAUAUACCGGAUACUUUUUUUUCAUUUUGGCGCAACGACCUUGAUCUUUGUUGUACAUAUAUAACAUAAUAUAGUAAUUAUACAUACUACGGAAGCGGAACUUGGAGAAAAAAAAAUGUAAUAUAUUCAAUGACAUCGGAUUAUUAUUAACGACGUCCGUCCGGCUAACAACUCGUAGGCUGUAUUCUUGAAAAUCUGUUUUUAUUAACAUCAAAAAAUGACUUUCAAAAAUUACAAGCGCCUCGUGCAAUGGCCGUGUGAUCUAUACACACACAAACACUGAAGGUUUCUGAGGAUAUUUCUCGUCUAAAGUAUCCGUAUACAAUAAUUAUUAAGUAUUAAAAUGUCUAUAUUGUAAUUGAAUAAAUUACGGUGUACCUAUGGUACCUAUAUCGACAGUUCAAUUUGUGCGAGUCGUAAUUUAAAAACUACAUUAGGUUAAAGGAGCAAAAAAUCAAUAACCGUCGACCUUUGUAUGUACGUCCUAGUUCAAGAUAUUAAUUUAAACUUUUAAGUACAUGUAAAAACAAGACAUCAAUCUUGAUUAAGUACACAGACGUAAUAAAAUAUUAUUCGGUACAAAUUAAAUUCAUGAAACUCGUCGGAUUUAAACCAAAAAUGUGUAUCGUUAUUGCAUAUAGUAUUAAAUGGUCGCUUAUCACAUAUCAAUUAUCACUUACAUAAUAUAUAUAUUUUUUAAUAAAAUCCGCCUUCUUUAAACAACACUAGGAUCCGGCACUCCCUAUAAAAGUAAAAAAAAAAAUGUUUCAAAUUUAUAAUAUUUGCUUCGAAUUAUUAUGUUCGAUUAAUGAUUAUUUAUUUUAUUUACCUCGCGUAUUUUGAAUUUUCUAGAGUACAUAUCUACUUUAAUUAUGUUAUUAUAAUGUUGUAUGCACGUUACACAUAUUUUACUAUACAUAGGUAAAUUUUUAAUUGCAUGUAAAAUUCCACGAGGCGUUAAACUAUAACAAACAAAAUUUUAUAAAAUGUUGUUUACAUUUUUUUGUUGCUGUUGUUGUUGAUGUUAUUUUUGAUUAAUACAACGAUAAAAUAUUACAUUUCUCGUGAAAUCUAUGCGUAAAUCACAAAAACAAAUUUAACGCUGUUCGUUAUUUCAUAAACUGUAAAAUACGAUAGCGUUAUAAUUGUAUGUAGCUAUACAUUUUAUUUUAUUUGCAAUUUGUAUUCUUUUUCGUUUAAUAAUUAAAAAAUACAAAUUAUUUUUACAAAAUAAUAGACUAAAAUAAAAUUGUAGUUACUCAAAAAUUUGUCGUAGCCCAAUCAGUAUUAAAAUUUGUGAAGGGAUACAGUGAUUUGGAUCUCCUCAACAUUUUUUUUUUGUGUUCCUUACUAAUUAUUUUUAAUUGGGAAUGGAAGGACGUACCGUUACUUUUGUGAAAAAAAAAAAAAAUGAUAAUUAAAAAAGUAAAAACGGCACAAGUUGGAUGCGUCACUCAUCUUUUUUUUUUUUUUUUUAUUAAUACUUGAUUUCGUCUAUCCGCGGUUUUGUAAUAGUUUUGUAAUAAUUUAAAUUUGUGUUAUCGCCCAGUAAAUUAGAUUAACGUAGAUGAAUGUGACAAUAACCCAACGUCUUGAAAAUUUUAGAAAAUUACACUAUUUAAGAAUAAAAUAAAAAUGAGUGGCCAUAGUAUCUAACAGAGAUACCAGUCAUAGGUGGUAUAGCUUUGAUCACGAAGUCACAUUGUGACUACGGUACAUUUAUUUAUUUAUUUAUUUUAUAUCAUGCGGAGUAAAUUCCAUUUACAGAAAGACAUUACAGCAGCAAAACGUAUGCUAUAUUGUUAUACUUAAGUGCCUAUACUAAAUUAAAACAGUGCAAUAAUUAAUAUAUAAAUAACAAUAAAACAUAACCAACAAACAUAUAAAAAUAAUCCACAUAUUGGUUUAUCAAUCAAUUACAUAAACACGCCUAAUAAUUAAAUAAUAUUAAAAAUCCUUAACUUUAACAAUGAAACACGUACUAUUUAGAGACCUUAACUAAUAUAUUUAGGUACUUAAUAAUCAAAAUUAUUAUGACAAUUAGUAUAAUAUGAAAGACAAUGUUUAUACAUUUAGCGCCUAGUUUAUAUCAUUUGUUGAGUAACAAAAUAAAUCUAAAUUAAUACUAUUUCCGGCUAUCAUUAAAGUAUUAGCUGGGGAAGAAAAUUAAUAUUUGACUUUAACAUUAUUAAUAAAAAAAUAAGUGUUUAUUUCUUGUGUUUUUAUAAUUAAUUUUAAAAUUUAUUGUAUUAUAUAUUAAUUUAUAAAAGAAUAUUAUAUUGAAGUACUGUCUUCGAGUUUUUAGAGUCGAAACAUUGAAAAAACCUAAGACACCAUCAUAAGAUUAAUGGAAGGCCUCUGAAUAUUACAUUUAUAAGAAAUGAAACGUAAAAAAUUGUAAUUUAUUUUUUUAUUUAAUAUUUAUCGUUUAGUAAUAUAUUUUUUUUCGGUAUUGAACUUUUGCCCUGUGUUAAUAUAGUCAUUUAUUUAAUCAAAAUCUAAAGUUAAACAUUAUAAUAUAAAAAAAGACGGACAUACGUUAUUCGCAUUAUGGGUGGGCCACUAUUAUAGGUGAGAAGUUGGGAAGGAAGAAUAUAGAAGGGAAUUUAAUUAAUAUAAAUACGCAACGGUUAAACCUUUCUAACGAAAAAUAAUUCUGAGCGGAAUUCAGUUAUCCAUGUUUUAAAAGGCCAUAAUAUUUAUGAUUUUCGUCAAAAAUUGAUACUAAAAUUUUUAUAAAAAAAUUCUACAUUACACUCAAUAUAAACUCAUAAUAAACCUUCUGUUAAAUUUUCAAAUAUUUUUGUUCAGCCAAACAAUUAUAUUCACAGAAAACCUAUCAAAGAAAAUUUACAUACAAAACUCGCAAAAUUAAAAUGUCUAUAAAUAGCUUAAAAAGGCUAAAUUGUUUAGAAAAUUUUACCACGUAUACAAAAGGAUAAUUUGUAUGCUCUGUCCAAAUUUAAAGUCUCUACGAUUAUUAUUAACUGAAUUACAACAAAAAUAAAAAAAUCGAAUACAUUACAUUUCGUAAAUUUUCCCGUUAUUUUGCAUUUUCUCUGGUUUUCCCCAUUUAUUAGGAAAAUUUCUUAGAAAAUCAAAAAGUGACCUUCUUAAAGUACCACGCAGAUAAAAUUCCCUUGCAGAAAAGGCCCUACACUUAAAAAUAAGAGCAACAUUUCUGGUAGAAGAGUUGUUUAUAGAAAUAAAAAAAAAAACAUCACUGUAAAACCAAUACAUUCCUCGCUUCGCUCAGAAUCUAAUAAACGUAAUGUUUACAUAAACAAAAUCUUUGCCUACAAGAGAAGUAUUGGUUACAUGGGCAUAUUUAUGAGGGGAUAUGGGGGAAAGAUCCCCCAUGACCUUUUUUCUUUUCAGUGACAAAUAACGGGUAUAAGUAUUGAAGUAUUGUUACCUACCUAUAGGUUACAAUACAAUAUAUUGUUAUUUCACAAACUGUCAUUAUUACUUAUUAUCUUUUUUUGUUUCACAGCAGUUGGUAUAUUACUAAAACGUACAUGGCCUCGGCACUACGUGUAAAAUAAGGCAAUACCAUUGGCUAAUUUAAAAUAGGUGAUUUGCCGCCUUUUCAAUAAUGAUAACAAAAUUGAUUUGAAAUAACUGAUAUUCACUGAAACUUAUGUUGAAAAACAACUAAUUAAAAUUAAUUAAUUGAAAAAUAAGAAGUGAAACAAUUUCGCCUAUUGUAAUUUAUUUAAAAUCACAUAAACAAAAUAAUUUUUACAAAAGGUAUUAUUUUGGAUUAUCAUUUCAUACAUUUUUUUAUAGGUAACAAUUAAAAAUUAAACCGUUCGAUUUAUAUUCAUAUCACUAAUCAUGCUAUUCCUAAUAGGCAAUACUAACACUUUAACAUUCUAAUAAUUAAAAUCUUAUAUUUACAAUAUAUGUGUAUAAUUGUCUAUGGUAUAUGACCUAAUAAUACCAUAAUGAUACUUAAUCAAUAGCUAUUGAUCAGACGAUCGAUAUUCUAGAUUAAAAACUAAACCUUUUCUUUAAACCAAUAUUCAACUAAACGAAUAUAGCAUUCCCUAUGGACAAAGUUGUGUUCUUUAAUUUUCAUCGUAUAUUGUUUUACGCUAAAUCAUACUCAUUUCAAGAUAAACUAAUUUUACAAAGAUUUUGUGUUCAAAAACAUUCGUGCUGUCAUCCGUUUUAAUAUUGUUUCAGCGAGUGGUUUUAUUCGAUGUAGUAAAACCGAUCCUAAUCUCGGUGAAUGUUUACGGGAUGGCCUUCAAAAGGCUAUUCCUCAUUUGGCAGAAGGUAAUUAUUUAAUAUAAAUACCCGACGGUGUCUUUUUAAUAUUGGAUUUUGACACCGUACUUAGGUAUAUCGCUAUAUUUAAAUUUGUACACCUCAUAUUUUUAGGAAUUCCGAGUUUAGGUAUAGUUAAAAUUGAUCCGUUGCGAAUUUUAUCACUGAAAAUAAAUCAAGGAAAAGGGCCAGUUAACAUUAACAUGAGUUUUACAAAUAUUGAUAUAAUCAAUUUGAAAUAUGUGCAGGCAAAAAAAGUUGUGUGAGUUGAUUUUACUAUUUCGAUAAAAAAUAUUCGUCUAUUAACUUAAUUAUGUAAUUUAUUAGAUAUGAUGUCAAAAAUUAUCAUCUUCAUUUCGAGACGUUCGUUCCGAAGUCAAUAAUUAUGGAAGGGGACUACGAAAUAAAUGGGCAAGUCUUGGUCCUUCCAGUUGUGGGCAAAGGAAAAUGCAAAUUUACUUUGGGCAAGUUUAAUAGAACUAAUAACUUUCCAACUAAAUGUACUAAUUUGAAGUAUUUAUAACUUGUUAUUGUUUUUCGUUUAGAUGUUUCAAAAUAUAGCGGGGAUGUGCAGUUGAAACCGGUGGUAAAAAAAGGAACCACUUAUUAUGAAAUCGCCAACGUAAAAUGGACGUUUGUACCGACAUUAUUGCAUAUACGAAUGGACAAUUUAUUUAACGGAAACAAAGAAUUGAGUAUGUUUGAUUUGUUAAAAUCAUAGAUACACAUAUAACGUAUACCUACAGUUUAUAUAAAACAACUAGAUCUAGAUAGCCGACUGUAUUUAUCAAGUCUAUAACCAAUUACCAUGGUAAUAGAGUCCCUUAAGAUAUAUGAACUUAACAGCCAUAUGCUAACAGGGUAAAUUGUAUUUUAUUAACCCAUAAAUAUUUAUUUUCAUAUCCGUAUAGAGAUUUGUUUAUGCCAUGAAUUAUAUUAUGCGAUAAUAAAGAAAUUGUAAGUUUUUCCAUAUUAUCACAUAAUAACCGUAACAUAAACAAAUAUUGCAUCGGUUAAUCGUGGACUAAUGCCAUUUGCCCUCUUGGUAUAACGAUGGCUGCUAAUUUACAUUUACUCAUCAAAUUGUUUGCGAGUAAAUCAUUUUUGAAUUCUCUUUCUUUUAGUUUUUAUCCGUAAGUUUUUACCAGAUAUUCACGCUGGCUGUUUUCUCCUUGACUACCGCUAUUCUGAAGAGUCCAAUCGAUGUCUUGUUAUAAAAUGUCCUUAGAUUUUGCACCCAUGAUAUUCGUAGGUAACCAGGACCUCUUCUUUCAUUAAUUCGUCCUUGAAUAAUGGACUGCCAUUAAAUGUAUUUUGUUACAUUUCUCAAAAUAUGUUCAAUAUAUUCUAGUUUACAGGUUUUAAUGGUAAUGAUAAACUCUUUAUCUAUAUUCAUCCUUCGGAGUACUUCUUGGUUGGUUAUGUGUUAUGUCCAUGAUAUGUAGAGUAUUCUUCUUAAAAUUUUCAUUUCAAAAUGCAUUAUUAUGAUGCAUGUGUAAUUAUUUUACCAUAAUAUGACAUAUAUAUUUUUGAAAAAAUAACACUAUCAACCAAACUCAACUCAGAAUCGUUUUUCGUUAGCAAUAGGUAACCGAUGCGUACAGAUGUACACUAAAUUUCCCCGUUACCUUCUUAACCUCUCACCUACAACAGUGGCUCAUACACGUGCGAAAUAUGUCCGUCUUUUUUUUUUUUAGUUUAAGAUUUUUCUCCAUUGACUCUGAUUGUUACAGCUUGAUUCCAGUAAAAGUUGUAUGCGAUCGUCAUGUCAUCUCUUUCGUCUAUUUCACAUGCCUUGAGAAUUUACACUAGUUUUUGGUGUUGAAUUCCAUUAAAAACUUUUUGAUAAUCUAUCAGACAGACGUAUUAUUCAAUUAAUCGCCAUUUAUUAUGACAGGUGACAAUAUGAACUUGUUUCUAAAUGAAAAUUGGCGAGAACUUUUACAAGAAUUACAACCAGCUUUUGAAGAAGUCCUGGGCGUUGCCUUCGGUGAAAUCGGUAAACAAUUUCUCGACCGUGUUCCUGAAAACGAAAUUUUUCUUUCUUAA